UAUACUUUCGCUGGACUCCUCUCUUCCAAGAAAAUUUAAACCUUAAUAUUCAACAUCGAUACACCAACCAAAAAUCCAGAUAUGCAAAUGCUAAGAACCCUAAGCACGAGGACAAGGAGCCGUCGCAGCGGAUACGAGCGUGUAAGUGAUGAUUCCACCUUUAGCUUACUCGGAGCAAAGCUGAGGAGGUCAACUAGCGUUCCGUACUAUGCUCCAUCGAUAAGGCUUGGUGGAGACUUUCCUGUGAUCUUGGAAAAGCUUCCAAGCCAAAAACCAAAUAAGACAGUGGUGACAAGCAAGUUGAGCCAUCCAAUCUUUAGUCUAUUUGAUGGUUAUCGCCGCCGUAGUAAGAAGAAAGCGACGGCUAAACCGGAGUUUUCUAGAUACCAUGAGUACCUUAAAGAAAGUGGAAUUUGGGAUUUGAGAUCUAAUACUCCUGUUAUCUACUUUAAGUAGAUGUGUGUAAAUAAAUUAUGUUAUGAUUUGUGUUCAUUAAUUUUUUGUUUGUGAAAACCUUAUUGAUAUGAUUGCUAUAAUUUAGAAUUUUUUGCGAGUAAUAUUCUUUUUGUUUUUUAAAGUCAA